AGUUUGAAUUUUAGUGACGUCAUGUGAAAACCAACUAUAGCUCCAUCACUCCAUUUUACAGAGUGACGACAGGCACAGAACUUGGUUUUACGUAUUUUGAUUGGGUAAACAUUUUGUGGCGUACCGCGUAAUUGCCAAAAAUAGCACAUCCGCAAUUUCCCCGAAACCAUAGCUACCUUUCUUAAACGGGACUAUCCGAAAUAAACAUCGACGUUACGCAGAACUGCUUGGUUUUUAGGCAUUGCAAGGGAGUUAUCAUGUCCGAAGGCAAUGAUCAAACGAGACUGCUUGACGAAUUUUUCAAGUCUUUAGGAGAAGUUGACGAGGAAAGUCAGAAAUGGAAGGAAUACCAUGAAAGUGUCAACAAAAUGAUGCAACUGUUGUUUGACUUCAUGGCUAGCAGAACCGGGGAUAUCGCGAAAAUCCAGCUUUAUGGCAGCUCGGCCGAAAACUUAAAAAAUUAUUCCUUUGAUGACGUUGGAGAUCUCGACUUACUGUUAGUUCUUGGUAACGAUUAUGCUGUCGAUGAAGCCAGUUUGGAAUACUUACCCACAAAUCCAGCAUUUGUGAAGAUAAAAGGAACUGGGCAUCCACUGCUGCAGUCAUUUCAAGCUGAAGACACAGAAUACAUAUCUGCUGCAGAUGUAAAGGAGUUGAAUCCCUUUGUUGAUGUCGCUUUGUUCAGUCUUACUUUCUUUCCUCGAUUAUUUAAAGCCGUGACGUCUCAUUUUCCUGCGCCACCGUUUAACUCCACUUUGCGCGAAAGGGACACUUUUAGCCCUGCUUUGACAAUGGACUUCUCCGCAAUAAUGGAGUCUCCCAACAUUUUGUCUCGACGUCUUGAACAAUUGAAAGAGCUGGACAUUGAGAAUGUCGAUCCCAGGGAACUAGAGAUACUACCUGCAUCGCUGUGCUCGAUAAGGAAUGUAGAUUAUACUUCUCAUCAUGCAGAAUUGUUCGACGAAUUUUUGCAACAUUUUAAGGAUUCGGUGCAAUCGCUCCGUAACAAUCCAAUGGGUAUUCUUCCAGGAAUUCCCAACUUCGCUCGCGAUAUUUGCUUUAGUGAGAAAGCAAAAGAGAUAAGAAAACGAUUUUACCACAUCGAAAAUCACUCGAGAAUCAAAAGCAGAAGUAAAGCGGAGAGCAGCGCCUCAAUGGUCGUCACGCCAGAAGUUGAGGUCGUCGAUGACAUUCAAAACAAAUCGUGUAUGUGCAAACAAGUUGACAAGGCAGUUUCAUGCAGAGAUUGCGCAGAUAAAGCGAAUUCAAAACAGGUAAUAGGUGAGGAAGGAGUGGUAGGCUGUGUUGGCGCGACCCGGGAAAUUAACAGCUAUGACAACUCUAUAAACGCCGAGCUACAAUCUCAAGAUGACGUCCAUGUUGUAACUGAACCAGACAUUCAAAAGACUCGCGAAGGUCCGAAAGACGGCUUUUUUAGUCAAACAUUUCAAAGCCUUUCGGAAGAAGAUAUGGCCGCAUUCCUGGAGUGGUUGGUGGAGGAAAAGGCAGAGGAUUUCUUCAAUUUCAUUGACACGGUUGAACCAGUAAAAGAGCUACAAUCCCCCUUUACAAAGGAAUCAGAAAAAUGUACCCAGGCGUUGUCAUUUGACAUUGUUCCAGCCCUCCAAGCUCGAGGAUGGCCCAAGGUUGCUCGAGAGUGGAUCAAACGAAAACGAGCAUGGCCACCCCCUGACACCAUACACAGAAUUAUUCAAGAGGGUUUCCACCUAGUGGUUAAACCUCCCAAAAGCGGCGGAUGCCCUGAAACUGACUUCAGACUGUCUUUUUCGCACGCGGAGUAUCUGUUAAGUCGAGAACUGAACGACAUGCAACGCCAAUGUUACCGUGCUCUCAAGAAAUAUUAUAGCCUGUAUCUUCGAACAGAGCCGAAGUGCUUGGUGACGUACCAUCUCAAGACACUUUUCUUGCAAACUUGCGAGAACUCUGGAGAAGGGAUGUGGACGGAAGACAACAGGACUGCCUGCAUGAUGAAGCUGCUGAAGAACCUUCACUACGCUCUCACAGAAAAAUGCCUGAGACAUUUCUUCAUCACAGAUUGCAAUUUGUUCGAUAUGGAAAAUAUCGAAACUCCGCAUGUUUUAGAUUCACUUGCCGAGAAAGUUGAACAGUUCAUGAGAAACCCAACAGAAUGUUUGCCAGAGCUGAUCCCGGGAACAAGACCACUUGAUGUGCUUUCCAAAUGUAAUGAAGAAGGGACGACAAAACCGCUGGAAGACCCUGGGGCUUCCUCGAAAGAUACCUUAGCAAGAAGUGACACAGAACAGCGUGGACAGCUUGUAACAAAGAACCAGGAGAACACGUACAGUUCAUCUCAAAACAUGUCUUCAAUGACAAUGUCACAUACAAGUACUGAUGAAGACACGAUCAGAAAGAACAAUUCCGGAGAAGUGGCAACGAAUAUUUGGCAGGGCGCUCGAUUCCACGAUUUGAAAGAUCAGUACAAUCACAUCUGUCUUAACCUGCUCACAAAAGCGGCUGAAGAUGGUAACAUGGAGGAACUCGAUCCACUUGAAAGAUCUUUGGUGGAAGACAUCAGAGAGCUUACCAACGUGUACAAUUUUCACCCUCAGAGGCUAUUGGAACAGUUCGAGAAACGGUGGCAAAGCACAUACGCAUGGAUAUUUGCAAGCUGCGAGUUCUACACGAAGCAGUCUAUGUUGGCUGGCAUUAAAAACAAUGUGAAACUGAUCAAGCACAUGGUUUUGCAGGAUGGGUUGAUCGGCUCUCCCAGGGAUUAUAGUCUGGUAUUUCCCGUUGAUACCUUUGUGAACAGCUAUAGAAGAAUGCAAAGAAUCCUAAAGAGUACGAAGCCAAAGGAAGAUGACAUUCCAUUGGACUAGCUAGUAGUUCUUGUUGGCUCUCGAAAUAGUAACAAAGAGAAACCCUUUAAGAGAAAUUGUUCCUCAAAAUCCAUGCCACGAUUCCUGCUAUAUCGGAAACAGUUCUCAUAACCUACCAAAAUAGUAUAAUUAAUAAUAAUUAUGUAGUUAAAAGGGAAAUCCUGGCUAUCUGUUAAUAAAUGCUCAGAUAGCAAUGCUUGUUUCCAAUAGCUUUGCCACUGAUUUUACAUGUUCUAGAAGAAUGAAGAACACAAGCAGUGUAGAGAACCAAGCCAGCCCAUGGCCAAAAUAGAUCACAGCAUUAAGCUUACAGUGCUCAUAACCUAUCAAAAUAGUAUAAUUAAGAGUAACCAUUUAGUCACCUUUUUGAGGGAAAUUCGGACUAUAUACUAAAAGGUGCUCAAAAACUAAUCACAAUUAGCCAAAUUUCAUGAUGUAGGAUGGCGACGUUCGUCAGAGAUUUUAAAAGGGAACUCCUAAUUGACACCAAAACAAUGGGGUUUUUCCUUGCGGCGCGCUCUUCCAAUCUUUGGGAACGAGAUUGAUUCGUGACGAAUUUUACUUGAUACGUCGAAAUGUCCUAACAUGGUACAAGCAACCUCGUUCCCUCUCAAUGUCGCAUAUAUAUGCAGUGUUUCAGCUAGAAAAUUUUACUUGAGGACCAAAGUGGCCCCUGAAGAUCUUUUUUAGGGGCCAAUUUUUUUAAGAAA